AUGGCUUAUAUGAAAAAGGACGAAGAUGCCGAUCAGGCUAUGAUCAAGCUUGAUCGCACAACUGUUUUCCAAGAAGCAAGAUUAUUCAAUUCAUCACCGAUCUCCCCGCGAAGAUGUCGCGCCCUUCUCACAAAGCUCGCUGUCCUCCUGUUCACCGGCGAGAAGUUCCCAUCCGAUGAGGCCACAACUCUUUUUUUCGGCAUUUCCAAGCUGUUCCAGAAUAAAGAUCCCUCUUUACGUCAGAUGGUUUAUUUGAUCCUCAAGGAACUCUCCACUACAGCCCAAGAUGUUAUCAUGUCAACAAGUAUUAUCAUGAAGGAUACCGCGGUUGGAAGCGAUGUUGUUUAUCGACCCAACGCCAUCCGUGGAUUGUGCCGUAUCAUUGAUGCUACCACCGUUCAAGGUAUCGAGCGAUUGAUCAAGACCGCCAUUGUCGAUAAAACGCCCUCCGUUUCUUCAGCCGCUUUGGUGUCCUCAUACCACUUGCUUCCGAUUGCGCGUGACGUUGUUCGAAGAUGGCAGAGCGAAACACAAGAAGCUGCUUCCGCAUCCAAGACGUCGACCGGAUUCCUAGGCUUCUCAUCUGGUCAAAGCCAUGCAAUUUCACAGACCAAUUAUAUGACUCAAUAUCAUGCCAUUGGUCUUUUGUAUCAAAUGCGAUCUCAUGACAGGAUGGCAUUGGUGAAGAUGGUUCAACAGUAUUCUGCGGCUGGUGCAGUUAAGAGUCCAGCUGCUGUUAUUCUACUCGUUCGUUUGGCCGCGAAACUUGCAGACGAAGAUGCAAGUCUGAGGAAACCAAUGAUGCAAUUGCUUGAUGGCUGGCUCCGACAUAAGCACGACAUGGUUAACUUUGAGGCUGCCAAGGCUAUUUGUGACAUGAAGGAUGUGACCGAUGCAGAGGCCUCUCAGGCUGUCCACGUUCUGCAAUUGUUCCUUUCAUCUCCGCGCGCCAUCACCAAAUUCGCUGCUAUCAGAAUCUUGCACAGCUUCGCUUCAUUCAAGCCGCAUGUUGUCAAUCAAUGCAAUCAAGAUAUUGAAUCACUCAUUUCCAACAGCAACCGCUCCAUCGCCACAUUCGCUAUUACUACACUGCUCAAGACCGGAAAUGAGGCCAGUGUUGAUCGUCUCAUGAAGCAAAUCUCUGGUUUCAUGGCAGAUAUUACCGACGAGUUUAAGAUCACAAUAGUGGAAGCCAUCAGGACUCUAUGCUUGAAGUUCCCUAGCAAGCAGGCCAGCAUGCUUACUUUCCUCAGCGGAAUCCUCCGAGACGAGGGUGGUUAUGAAUUCAAGCGUAGCGUUGUUGAAAGCAUGUUUGAUCUUAUCAAGUUUGUUCCCGGUAGCAAAGAAGAUGCGCUUGCACAUCUCUGCGAGUUUAUUGAGGAUUGCGAAUUCACCAAGCUUUCCGUCCGAAUUCUCCACCUCCUCGGUGUGGAAGGCCCCAAGACUCCUCAACCUACCAAAUAUAUUCGAUAUAUCUAUAACCGAGUUGUUCUCGAAAACGCUGUUGUUCGCGCUGCCGCCGUCACUGCACUUGCCAAGUUUGGUGUUGGUCAGCAAGAUCCGGAGGUGAAACGUAGUGUUUCCGUACUACUCACCAGAUGUUUGGAUGACACAGAUGAUGAAGUGCGGGACCGUGCAGCACUCAACCUUCGUUUGAUGAAAGAGGAGGAUGAAAUCGCUAACCGCUUUGUCAAGAAUGACUCCAUGUACUCGCUGUCCACAUUCGAGCACCAAUUGGUCAUGUAUGUUACUGCUACAGAUAAGGAAACGUUCUCGGUGGCCUUCGACGUCUCGUCUAUUCCUGUGGUCUCUCAUGAGCAAGCGCUUGCCGAAGAAAGAACCAAGAAGCUUACAUCGGCAACUCCCACUCUCAAAGCACCCUCAACGACUCCGACAAAGGCCAAGGCUAACGGGGCUGCUGAGGGCGCGGCUACUGCCGCUGCUACCCAGAAAUAUGCCGAACAGCUUAUGCAAAUUCCAGAACUCAAGGAGUACGGCACACUCCUCAAGUCCUCCAAUGUGGUCGAACUCACCGAGAGCGAGACGGAGUACGUUGUCUCCGCUGUCAAGCAUAUUUUCAAGGAGCAUAUCGUCUUGCAAUAUGACCUUAAGAACACGUUACCCGACACUGUUUUGGAAGAUGUGUCGGUGGUAGCAACACCAACCGACGAGGAGGAGGAACUGGAGGAAGACUUUAUUGUACCAUGCCCGAAACUGCCCACAAACGAACCAGGUAUCGUGUACGUGGCAUUCAAGAAGACUGGUGGAGAGCACAGCUUCCCCACCAUGUCAUUUACGAAUAAUCUCAAAUUUACCAGCAAGGAGAUUGACCCAACCACUGGCGAGCCUGAGGAGAGCGGCUAUGAGGACGAAUACCAAGUCGAGGAUCUCGACCUCACUGGCAGCGACUAUGUCAUUCCCGCUUUCGCCGGAAGCUUCGACCAUGUAUGGGAACAGACUGGCGCCAACGGCGAAGAGGCCAGUGAGACAUUCCAACUCAGCAAUGUUAAGAGCAUCGCUGAUGCAACCGAACAACUCAUCACAGCCCUAUCCCUCCAACCUCUCGAAGGCACAGAUGUCGCCCUCAGCAACACCACACAUACCCUCAAAUUGUACGGCAAGACAGUAUCUGGUGGUCGUAUCGCAGGACUGGUCAAAAUGGCUUUUUCAGCUCGAACGGGUGUUACGACAAAGGUGUCUAUUCGAUCAGAAGAGGAAGGAUUUGCAGCUGCUAUUGUUGCGUCAGUUAGUUAG